AUGGGCAAGUUGCUGAUUCUUGCUGGGGUGGCCCUCCUGCUGCAGCUGGGCACAGCAACCAAAAUUGUGUGCUACUUCACCAACUGGAGCCAGUACCGCCCUGGCAUUGCCAGCUACAUGCCCGAGAACGUGGACCCUUGCCUGUGCACGCACAUCAUCUAUGCCUUCGCUGGCAUGGCCAACAACCAGAUCACAACCAUCGAGUGGAACGAUGAGGUCCUCUACGCCGGCAUCAAUGGCCUCAAGAACUACAACACCGAACUGAAAACCCUGCUGUCUGUCGGGGGCUGGAACUUUGGGACCCAGGGGUUCUCCGACAUGGUGGCCACUGCGGAGACCCGCCGGACCUUCAUCCAGUCGGCCAUCCGGUUUCUGAGGAAGUACAACUUCGAUGGGCUGGACAUUGACUGGGAGUAUCCUGGCAACCGUGGCAGCCCGGCUGACACCCAGCAGCUCUUCACCGUCCUGUUGAAGGAAAUGUAUGAGGCUUUUGAGCAGGAGGCCACCCAGAGCGACAAGCCCAGGUUGCUGAUUUCUGCUGCUGUGUCGGCCGGCAAAGGUACCAUUGAGACUGCCUACCAGAUCCCUGAGAUGUCUAAGUACAUGGACCUCAUCAACGUGAUGACCUAUGACCUAAGGGGCUCCUGGGAGGGCUUCACAGGAGAGAACAGCCCCUUGUUUGCAGGACCCAAUGACCAGGGAGACUACAAAUUCUUCAAUGUGGAUUAUGCGAUGAACUACUGGAAGAACCACGGGGCCCCUGUGGAAAAGCUGAUGGUGGGCUUUGGGGCUUAUGCCCGUACCUUCACUCUCACUAACCCUGCCAACCACGGCCUGGAUGCUCCCACCUCUGGCCCCGGGGCUGCCGGGCCAUAUACUCAGGAAGCUGGGACUCUUGCCUACUUUGAGGUCUGCUCCUUCCUGAAAGGAGCCACUGAGGUGUGGAACGCCCCCCAGGAGGUGCCCUAUGCCUACAAGGGGAACCAGUGGAUUGGGUAUGGCAACCCCAAGAGCUUCGCCCUCAAGGCCGAGUGGCUGCUGCAGAACGGCUUUGGAGGGGCCAUGGUCUGGGCCAUUGACUUGGACGACUUCACGGGCACUUUCUGUGGACAAGGCAGAUACCCUCUCAUGAACGCCCUCAAAUCUGCUCUCAGCGUCUCCACUCCCAAUUGCAGAGUGCCCACCUCUACCCCGGGCACCACCUCGGCCCCCAUCGUCACUGCGGCUCCUGUUGGCAAUCGUGGAUUCUGUGCUGGGAAGUCCAAUGGUCUCUACCCCAGCCCCACCAGCAAGCAAGCCUUCUACAACUGCGUGGGUGGGCACACCUACGAGGAGGCUUGUCAGACAGGCCUGGUCUUCGACACCAGCUGUUCUUGCUGUAACUGGCCUUAAACCACCCACCUGUUGGACCCAUUGGGAACUGUAGGACAGA